GGCUGUCCCGUGUUGAGCACUACAGGUAUGUCGGCCACGAGUCAGUUUGCCGAAGUCCAGUUCGAAAGGAGUGAGGCUGUGAGGCUCAAGAACGUCAAGACGGAACACUACGUGUGCGUCCGCUCCGUGGGCUCGAAACACGUCCUGGAGGCAAAACCGCUGCACGUGCUCGAGGACGACGAGGUUACAUUCAAAUUUUAUUUCUAUAGAACAGCUGACAUUGAAGACACCCAGCUUGUUCUACCAAGACAUGAAGCUACCCAGAAAUAUAUAAGCAUGGACAAGAAAUACAGACUAAAUCUUAAAGAUGAUCCAUAUGAGACGCCCCGUUCUCCUGAGGAAUUAAAGGAAGCUGACAACAGGUUCUUCUACAUAAAAUUCCCUGAAGGGGACGCCACAAGGAUAUUGUUAGAGGGAAUGAAUGGUUUACGGAAGAGAAACUAUUUUUUGGCUGCCGGAGAAAAUUUGAAGAGUGUUGUUGUGAAAAUGCAUGAUGGGGACGUGUAUCCAGAAGACAUCAUGUUUUUCUAUGAAAAGGUCACUGAUAAUCAUAUUAACUCUGUUUAAUUGUUUAGGUACUGCAGAGGUUGAAAAUACCGUUUCAGUUGUAGGGUUCUUUUUAUUUGGAACACGACCGGUUUCGGACUCUUACAUGCCCAGUAUCAGGUGUUACACUGAGAAUAAACAAGAGACCGGAGAUAAUAAUAGCUUUCACAAGCAGUAGUACACAUAAAAAAAGCUAAAACGUAGUUCUAUAUAACAUUUUGGAAACCAGCGGUCGGGGUAGGUCCUGUAAAACAUAAGUGAAUGGUGAAGUGACACCAGAUAACACUACGGACGACUGCCAGGGUAAAGAAAUAUGCAGUGAACACAGGGACACUUACACUUUGCGCCGUCUGUUGACAGGAAGAAGAAUGCCUAGCCGUUCACAAUUUGAAUUAGUGAUUCACAUUCAAAGUGACAAAAAAAUCAUUACAUAGAAUGUUGCAUGAAAAACGUUUAAAGUACAUUAUGAGUGGUAAACGAACGUACUGAACUGGGCAGAACGGAACUGUAGUAAAACCGACUAGAAUCCGGCGACAUAAAAUUUAUGUAUAAACCGUAAAACACAAUGAAAAUUUUUCCCUUUCCGCGAGUGGCAUGCAAGUUUUUAAUUUACUGGGGAUAUGUAGGCGACGCCGAACAACGCGCCACAGCCAUGAGUUAAAACAACAUGAACAUGUGCCGUGACUAUUAAAAACCGUCUCGUCAUUAUACAAAAUGGAAGGUAGCAAAACCUUACACUCGACACUGUCGAAAACUGCUAUACCACCUAAUAGCUAGCAGCAAAGCACUAAAGGGACACAUUAAAAGUAGGAUCAAUUUUAAACCCGCUAACUAAAAGUCGACGACUAAACAAAGUUUACAUAAGUUAAGACCUGAGACAAAUCUUACAUCAUGAAAGACAGGUAAAUUUUAAAUUAGUAUGGAUACCGAUAAUGACACACAACAAUGCGCCAUAGUCACAGGAUAAAAAAUGAAAAACAAGCAAACUCCUACUAAAAGAGGAAAUUUUACAGCCAUGUAAAAUAAUGUGGGUGGACCUUGCAGAUCUCACUAUAGGAGACACUUGUAUGCCGUACAUUCGCUAAUCCUAAUUAAGGGCCACCUAAAUAAUAGUUUCUAAAAUGUUACAAGGAAUACAUUUUUGCUUUUUUAAGUGCACUGCUGCGCGUAAAAACUAUUAUUAGCUCCGGUCUCUUGUUUAUUUCCAGUAUAACACACAAAAGAGCCAGAAACCGGCCGUGUUCUAAAUAAAAAGAACCAUACAACUGAAGCGGUAUUUUCAACCUCUGCUACAGUGCUCAGUAGCGGUUGUUCCUCCGACAGGAAUGUUUGUGCUUCGUUACUGUUAUUGUAUCACUUGAAAGAUGUAUUAUAUGUUGUAGUUACAUGAUUCAAAACAUAGCAGUACACACGUUUAAAUAAAUAAUACUGACAUUAAUACAAGAAUGAUGAACUACAAUAUAUAACAUGUGAGUAAUGAACUGAAAUUUAUUAAACUUUGUAACAGUUCACUUCAUGCACUGUUCACAGAUUUUGCUUUGUUAAAGAAUAAUCUAAGCAGGUAAUUGUGCAGUUACAGAGAAAUUUUUCAUGCAGUAUUGUUUCAAUGUUGAACACUUAGAUAACGUUGAUCAAAAGAGUACUGGAAAGCAAGUAUAUAUGAAAAUAGGAAGUGAUAACGUGUAACAACUUGUAAACAACAAUGUACAUCAUUAUUCACCAAUGUAUAAUGACUAGUCGAAUGCA